AUGUUGCGCCGCGUGGCCGCCCUCUGCGUGGCCCCGACCCGCGGCACUGCCCGCACGAGCUGCCCGCCGCUCGGCCGCCGCCGCCUCUCGUCGUCCUGCGAGCUCUACAAGAACCCGCGCAGCUCCAAGUUCUCCAUGACAAAGAUCGUCGCCACGGUCGGCCCCGUGUCGCAGCAGUACGCGACGCUGCAGGAGCUCACGAACGAGGGACUGCGCAUCAUGCGCAUCAACUUCUCCCACGCCGAGUACGACGAAGCGCUGCUGCGGAUCCAGAACCUCCGCGCGUGCAGCGGUGUGCACGCGCAGGGGCAGUCCACGUUCAACCUCCGCGCCGUGCUGCACGACACCAAGGGGCCGGAGAUCCGCACGGGGAAGAUGCGGGACGGCAAGAAGGUGUACUUGAAGAAGGGCGCGACCGUCGUGCUGACGACGGACGCCGCGGUCGAGUGCCAGGGCACGGCCGACAAGUUCUACGUGACGUACAAGCAGUUGGCCGAGACGGUCCGCGUGGGCGACACGGUGCUGCUGUCGGACGGCCUGAUCCGACUCACGUGCGUGGCAGUGGGCCAGGGCGAAGUCACGUGCAGGGUCGAGAACUCGGACGAGCUGGGGAACCAGAAGGGCGUGAACCUCCCGGGCUUGAAGAUCGACUUGCCCGCGCUGUCGUCGAAAGACAAGCGCGACUUGGACUGGAGCGUCCAGAACGACGUCGACUUCAUUGCGGCGUCGUUCAUUCGCAAAGCGAGCGACGUGGCGGAGAUUCGCGCGUUUGUCGACGAGUGCGUCCAGAAGCACUGGGCGCACAAGCCCCACUACAUUGCGCCCAAGAUCAUCUCAAAGAUCGAGAACUUGGAAGGUGUCGAGAACUUUGACGCGAUCCUCGACGCCUCGGACGGCAUCAUGUGCGCUCGCGGCGACUUGGGUGUCGAAGUGCCCUUGCAGAAGGUGCUGACCUACCAGAAGAUGAUGGUCGAUCGGUGCAACGCCGUCGGGAAGCCCGUGAUUGUGGCCACGCAGAUGCUCGAGUCCAUGCAGACCAACCCACGGCCAACGCGCGCCGAAGUGUCGGAUGUCGGGAACGCCGUGCUGGACGGCGCCGACUGCGUCAUGCUCAGUGGCGAGUCUGCGCAGGGCAAGUACCCGGUCGAGUCGGUGGCGACCAUGACGUCAGUGAUCAAAGAGGCCGACGAGCUGCUGCUGCAGCCGGCGUACCGCGCCAAGUUCCAGUUUGACCCGCCGACGUCGGACGUCGAGUCGGCCGUGUCGUCGGCCGUCAAGACUGCGAACGAGAUGCACGCGCAACUGAUGAUCGUGCUGACCCGCACGGGGUAUACGGCCCGCAAGGUCGCCAAGUACAAGCCCACGGUGCCGGUCAUGUGCUUUACGACGGACAAGAAAGUUGGCCGUCAGCUCCAGAUCCAUCGUGGACUGUACCCUGUUGUCCCCGACGCCUCUGACCAUGCCCCGACCACUGCCGAAGCGAUUGCCCAAGCCAAGAAGAUGGGAUGGCUGUCUUCAGGGGACCGCGUGGUGCUCAUUAGCGGUGACAAGCUCUCGGACGACCUCGGCCGAGAAAUCCUCAUUGGCGUUGCGGACGUCCAGUGA